AUGUACGCAAAGCCAAGACUGUCCUUGAAUAUCUCUGCUGCGAGGCCAUCGCUAUCGCUCAAGUCACCGGUUGCUGUUCCCAGAACUCCAAUUUCACCGGUCUCAGCAAGCCCAACAGUCAUGAGAUUCUCAUCUCUUCCGGUACCAGCAUAUGGCUAUGCCAACUCCUGUUCGGCAAAGAGCAUUCUCAAGAAGCACACAUCAGAACAACCAGGUGCUGUAGGGAAACGCAUUCAAUUUAAAGGCACACCAACAAUCCACUGUGUGACACCAAUUGAAAACCCAGAUGAAUACUACGGCAAGCACACCAAGAUGUCUCGAGAAGAACGACGAUGGGCAGUCCGAGAGUAA